CUGAAUUGCAGGCAUAAAAUCGUUCAUUCUGUAGAUCCCUCUAGUUUAAUCUUCUUUGUAUUUAAAUCUCACAAAAAAUUUGCAGAAUUGGCUCUUCUGGACUGGACUUCAGGCAUUCGCGUAUUUUACUGUGCAGAUGCCCCAUUAGAGAUUCUGGUUGAUCCGUUCAGACGAGCUCUUGCUCGAUCGCUUAAUCGUUUUUGUUUAAAUGCUACAGCUUGCCGUCUCGUACGACCAACGCCCUUCGCAAUGGAUCACAUAGUUCUGCUCGACGGAUAUCCCAAGCUUAAUUACGGUGCGGUACAAUUCCGCUUCGUUAUCGUUUUACCGCCCGAUGCAGUUCCGUUAGAUCGCCUUAAGCAGCCUUUCCUCAGCAGGGAAAUACUUUCAAACUUUCUGAGCACUUCCAUCAAAGAAUUCGAAAGACGAUUCGGCUGGAAAGUAAGCAGUUAUGAGAGAUUUCCAAAGUUCGAUUCAAUAACAGAAUUCAUGAACACUGCUCUACUGCCCAUUGGAUUUAUUCUUAUCGUUCUGAUGUUUCUUUUGGCUUAUUGGUCAUCAACCAUGAGGUCAGUUUCAGAUAGUUUUACUUUAUUAGGUCUUACUGCUGUAUAA